UACCUGAGAAGUAACUCAUGUUUAAGUUCCUAGAAUCACUUAUAAGUUACUACGUACACAAGUCUUUCAGAAUUGCCUUCUUCGUUACCUAGUUAACUUCCUUGAAAACAAUACAUAUGGAUCAUUUCUUCUCGUACUCGUCCCCGCCUCUUUCCCAGGAUCAGUACCACUACGCUUUUUCUGAAUCGUCUUUCACCACGGAAAGCGCCCCGCCUCCACCUCAGAAUCCGUACCACUACUUGGAAUAUCAGUACUCAGCUUCUCCUGGAUCCUCAUUCACCACAGAAAGCACAGGCAGUGGCAGUGGCAGUGGCAGUGAGCCGCCUAUUCAAAUUCCAGAUGGAGUGUUGCUAGCGUCAAGUAAUCCAAAGAAACGUGGUGGAAGGAAGAAAUUUCAGGAGACGCGCCACCCAGUUUACAGAGGAGUGAGGCGGAGAAACCCCAACAGGUGGGUUUCUGAGGUUAGAGAACCAAACAAGAACUCUCGAAUCUGGCUUGGAACAUUUCCUACUGCUGAAAUGGCUGCUCGAGCUCACGAUGUUGCAGCUAUUGCACUAAGAGGUCAACAUGCCUGCCUUAACUUUGCCGACUCUGCAUGGAGGUUGCCAGUUCCAGUUUCUUCCGGGGCCAAGGACAUUCAGAAAGCUGCUGCUGAGGCAGCAGAGGCCUUCAGGCCAACAGAAAAUGAAUUUCCAGCAGAAACAACUCAGGGGACUUCAAAAUUGCAAGAGAAUGAGGUGUCCUACAUGGAUGAGGAGGCCCUGUUUGGGACGCCUGAAUACAUUAACAAUAUGGCACAGGGGCUGAUGCUUCCUCCCCCUCAACUUGUGCAAAGUGAAAUGUAUUAUGGGAAUGAUGACAUGGAAGCCGCUAGCGACCUGUCUUUAUGGAGUUUUUAAUUUUGACUAACAACUCUACUAGUAUAGGAUCGGAUGUGCCUACUGCCAAGUUGCCCUUUCUAGACGCUAAAAAAAAUAGUGUCCUCUCUAAAAAAAGAACUGCCAAGUCUUAACUUUAGUAAUCUACAAGCAUGUGUAAUAUAGAUCCAGACAAGUGUGAAAUUUUAUAUGCACUUAAUUUGCAUCCAUACAAGAUGAUUAAAAUUUUCUUUAUGCUUC